AUGUACCAAGUUCUAGCAUGUGGUUCAAAUGGGAAUUAUCAACUAGGACAAGACGAUGAUGAGGACCAAAGAGCCCUUAGACUGUGUAUUUUUCAGACUGAGGCAAAUAAAUCAACCACCACUAUUGACCAAAAACCAACAAAGAUUGCUUGUGGGGGUAAUCAUACAUUGCUCCUAUUUGAGAAUGGGGACGUAUUCAGCUGUGGGGAUAAUGAGUUUGGUCAAACAGGUCAUCCAAAGAGCACAACGGCUGUACGGGUGUUUUCAAAAGUUCCCCCAAUGUCACCACACAAAUACCUUGAUGUUUCUUGUGGAUGGGACUACUCUUUCUUACUUACAGACCAAAACGAAUUGUUUGCGUGUGGGAAUGGAUUGAAAGGUGAUUUGGGUUUAGGGGAAGAUGUCACCCAAGCAAGUAGACCCCAGUUGGUGAUCAAAUUCGAUUCUAAGGUGAAGAAGAUAAAAACAGCUGUUAAUCAUACCAUCGUUCAGACGGAGGAUAACAAAUUGUACGGAUGGGGAAAUUGUAGAAAGGGACAAUUAGGAACAAUUGACAGUAACUUGACAAAAAGAGGUGCAGUAUGGAGACCAAUUGAACUAGAUUUUGGGAUAACUGACAUUGAAUCAUUUGAGUUGGGUCGAGAGUUUACAAUUAUAAUGUCUUCUAAUGUGAUUCACUUAUUUGGAAAGGCAACUAUCAAUCUGCUGGACCUAAAUGAUAUCAUGUACAGUAGCAAGCUGGUUGAGGCAAUGUGGUCUUCAAUUCAUUGCAAAAGUGGCACCACCAUUAAAUCAUUUGGCACUAAUACUCAUGGUCAAUUGUAUGACUAUGGUCCAAUCAGCGAUGACUUUGAAUUUGUUGUCGGAAGUGAACAUGGGCUAUUGAAAGUGGCAGACAAAGUCUACGCUUGGGGGUGGGGAGAGCACGGCAAUUGUGGUGAUGCAAAACAUAAUAACUCUGCUACAAGUGUCGAACACAAUGAUUGCAAUUCCAAUAGACACAUCACUUUCGACUACUUGAAUGUAUUGUAUGAAGAAUCAGAUGAAGUUACAAUGGUAGCUGGCGGGUGUGCAACCAGUUGGGUAAUCACACACGUUAAGUAA